CCACCACCGUUGCCAAGCAGCUGCAUUCCUCACUAGAGAAUUCCCCCAGGCAAGAGAACCCAGAAACGCUCGCCGGCAGUCCGAGGCAGGACGCUUUGGCUGGCGCUGACUGCGAACACCAGACAGCCCAAGGAGCAGGGGAUGUGCCGGGGUCGCCCACCGGGGAGCCGCCCGCGGAGGGACUAGGCGAGGCCGCUGGCAGAGCCCCCCACGUGGGUGCAGAAGGAGGCUUCCCGGAAUCCCAAGACGCGCACAGCCAGCCUCCCGAGGACGCAUCUGCUCUGCCAGGUGAUCCUCCUGCUGUGGGCCCAGAGAACUUGGCGCGUUCUCCGCAGGCAGACGGCAAAGCCGGGCCGAGAGGACGAGGGUGCCGGUUCGGCGAGCGUGCCCAUCCCGCCAAAGUUUUAACUUUGGACAUCUACUUGAGUAAGUCUGAGGUGGCGCAGGUGGACGAGCCGGUCGUGAUUACUCCCGGCGCAGAAGAUUGCAGCGAUCACGACGAUAUGGAUAAGAGGUCGAGCGGCCGCAGGUCGGGGAAGCGGAGGAAGUCGCAGAAAUCCGCGGACUCCCCCGGCUCGGACACCGCGCUGCCGGACAGCGCGGCCAGGGACGACGUGGUGUUCGACUACGAGGUGGCGCCAAACGCGGCCACCGAGAACGGCUCUGCGGAAAAGAAAGUGAAAUCUCCGCGGGCUGCCUCGGACGGGGGCGUUGCCUCGGCAGCGAGCCCGGAGUCCAAGACCAGCCCCGGCCCCAAAGGGCAGCCCCGAGGGGAGUCGGACCGGAGCAAGCAACCUCUGCCGGCCUCGUCUCCCACCAAAAGGAGGGGCAAGAACCGCGUCCCGGAGGCUGUGCCCACCCCGCCCGCUGGCGGCCCGCGGGCUCCCGCCAAGGAGUCCCCGCCCAAGAGGGCGCCGGCGCCGGACUCUGGCCCCGCAGCCAAGGGCGCUGCAGGGGAGAACGGGGAGGAGGCAGCCCGGGUUGUCCCUCGCGAGCUCACGGUCAAGAGCAGCUCGCUGCUGCCAGAGAUCAAGCCAGAGCACAAGAGGGGGCCGCUCCCCAACCACUUCGAUGGCGGUGGAGAAGGAAGUCGAAGCAGAGAGCUGGGCAGAUUGGCCGGAGGUCCUGACGCUGACGGCUUGAAGCUCAGAAACCAUUUCGGUGCAGGCAGGUCGACGGUGACCACUAAAGUGACCCUCCCUGCCAGGCCCAAACAUGUGGAACUAAAUCUUAAAAACCCUAAGAAUCUUGACAGUUUGGGAAAUGAGCACAAUCCAUUUAGCCAGCCAGUUCAUAAAGGAAACACUGCCACCAAAAUCUCCUUAUUUGAAAACAAACGGGCAAACAGUAGCCCAAGACACGCUGACAUUCGAAGCACAAGGAGCACCCCUGCCUCUAAUAAAACUUUUGUUGGAAGGGCGAAGCUGAAUUUAGCCAAAAAAGCCAAAGAAAUGGAACAACCUGAAAAGAAAGGAAUGUCAAGUAGUCACCAGAAUGGUGUGCUGGUGAAAGAAACCUCUGCAGAAACCAAAGUUAUUCUCACUGAAGAGGAGAUUCUGCCAGCAACCGGGAGUCCCAGUGUAAGAGGGAUGGAAGGCCAGCCUACUGAGGAUCAAGCUCUUGGUUCUCAGCUUAACCAAGGUGAUAAGGCAGAUGUGCAAAUAGAUGCUGGCUGCCUUUCUCAACCGGUGGUUACUACUCUGAUUCCUGUCCAGGACCAGAAGCUCUUAGGAGAGGACGAUUCAAAGGCUGCUGACGGCAAAAGACUUGUACUUGAAAAUGAGACUGAUAUAGCACAAAACAUCCCCACCAUUCUUGAUGCCAAAGAUUCAUGUCCAACAGUCAUACCAAAGCCACAGGAUAAAUUUUCUGACUCACAGCCCCCAGCUGAGUCAUCUAAUCAGUCUCCUGUUUCACUGCCUGAAUGCAUUCCUGUGGGUGUUCCCAAAGACACAUGUGCCGAAGCACCCAUAGGCAGUUUUCUGGGCACUGAUCUAAAAGUGUCAGAAAACCAUAAUGGAUGUAUUCUGCCUGUGUCUCAUCAGAUUAAUGAGAAAAUGCCCCCCUCUAAACUUGUAGCAGGAGAAGGAGGAGAAGCAAGCCCUCCUUUGAACACAGAGCACAGCCCAGAAGCUGAAGGAACUGAGUGUCCAUCCAAGGUCCUUGUCCAGGUCAGGUCUUUCGUGCUCCCUGUGGAGAGCACCCAGGAUGUAAGCUCCCAGAUCCUCUCAGAUAGCUCUGAAGUUAGAGAAGUGCAGUUGCCAAGUUGUCACAAUAAUGAACUUGAAGUGGUUUCCGUUGCAAGUUGUGCUCCCCAGAAAGAGGAAGUACUGGGCAAUAAGAGUACAUCACCCAAACACAUUCAUCGUGAAGAGGAACAUGUAGCAAAAUCUGGCCCACAAGUCACGCUGCUGGAAUCAGAAAAAACUCUGCCUACUCAGGCUCAAAGUCAAGGCAACAGAACACCCCUGACGGUUGAAUCCAGCCCCACCCGCUCCCCUGGUAGCAGAAAUCAUUUAGAAAUUACUCAAAGGCCAGAUCACAAUGUGGUGAAUGGCCAGGACAGCCCUGCCAGUCUUUUGAACAUUUCCGCUGGUAGCGAUGACAGCGUAUUUGAUUCUUCUUCGGAUAUGGAAAAAUUCACUGAAAUUAUAAAGAAGAUGGACAGUGCGAUUUGUGUGCCUCAGAAGAAAAAGAAGGCCAGGGUGCCAAACUCUCCCGCCCCUCACUUUGUCAUGCCUCCGAUUCACGAGGACAAUUUAGAAAAGGUGUUUGAUCCUAAUGUGUUUACCUUUGGUUUGGGGAAGAAAAAAGAAAGCCAGUCAGAAGUAUCACCGGCUUUACAUUUCAUGCAGAACCUGGACACAAAAUCCAAACUGAGGCCCAAACGUCUGUCCACCGAACAGAGUAUCCUCUUCAAGUCCUUGCACACUCACAUUAAUGGGAAAGAUGAACCUCUGGCGACUCCAGAAAUAAAUGGCAAGGAGAACAGGGACGUCACGAAUGGUGGAGUUAAGAGAUCUAGGCUAGAAAAAAGUGCACUUUUCUCAAGCAUGUUAUCUUCUUUACCACAAGACAAAAUCUUUUCUCCCUCUGUAACGUCAGUCAACACUAUGACCACAACGUUCAGCUCUUCACAGAACACUUCUCUUUCUCGGUCUCCUGUGCUACAGCCUGUGGCUGAGGAUGCCCCACCCUGCACUUCAGAGAAAGAUCAGCCAAAUCUUCCACCCAACCACUACUUACAGGUCUUCAAUUUUGACUCGUCAAGUACAUCUCAAUCAGGCUUGAAAAGUCCCAGCUACAUGGAAAAAUACCUGCAAAAAGAAGAAACCAAAAAAGAUCUGGAUUCACAAAGCAACCUCCAUUUGCCAGAAACUAAACUUUCUGAAUUUUCUAAACUAAAGAACAGUGAUGCUGUGGAAAAGUCUAAUCAUGCUGAAAGUCUUAAAUCGAACUUGCCGAACUACGGAAACAAUGACACAGACUUCGUGGGUCUUUUCAAAUCCAGCCGGUUUGACCCAAACAUAUCUUUUUCUGGAAUGUCAUUAUCAGAUUCAACAAUGCUUAGAAGAAGUGUCCAAAAUAAAAUCAAUCCACGACCUGGAAAGGUAGUGAUCUACAGUGAACCGGAUGUCUCCGAGGAGUGUAUUGAAGUCUUUGGUGACAUAGAGGAUUGCAGCUCUUGGAGUCUCUCUCCUGUGAUACUCGUAAAAGUUGUUAGAGGAUGUUGGAUUUUGUACGAGAAGCCAAAUUUUGAAGGGCACUCCAUCUCUUUAGAAGAAGGAGAAUUGGAACUCGCUGGCCUCUGGGGUAUGGAAGAUAUUUUGGAAAAAAACGAGGAGGCAGAGUCUGCUAAGCCCGUGACAAUUGGUUCAAUCAGACAUGUGGUCCAGGAUUACAGAGUUAGUCAUAUUGACUUAUAUACUGAACCAGAAGGGUUAGGAAUCCUAAGUUCCUACUUUGAUGAUACUGAAGAAAUGCAGGGGUUUGGUAUAAUGCAGAAGACCUGUUCCAUUAGAGUACAUUGGGGCACAUGGCUGAUUUAUGAAGAACCUGGAUUUCAGGGUGUUCCUUUUAUCCUGGAACCUGGUGAAUACCCUGACUUAUCCUUCUGGAAUACAGAAGCAGCAUACAUUGGAUCCAUGCGGCCUCUGAAAAUGGGUGGCCGUAAAGUUGAAUUCCCUAUAGAUCCAAAGGUAGUGAUUUAUGAAAAGCCUUUCUUUGAAGGUAAAAGUAUGGAACUAGAAACAGAAAUGUAUAGUUUCGUCAUGGAAGGAAGUGAAACAGAAGAAACAACUGGAGAUGAAUGUUUGCCAUUGACAUCAGUGGGAUCUAUGAAAGUUCUAAGAGGCAUUUGGGUUGCUUAUGAAAAGUCUGGAUUUACAGGUCAUCAGUAUUUGCUUGAAGAAGGAGAAUACAAGGACUGGAAAGAUUGGGGAGGCUACAAUGGAGAACUUCAGUCUUUACGGCCUAUAUUAGGUGAUUUUUCACAUGCUCACAUGAUAAUGUACAGCGAAAAAAACUUUGGACCCAAAGGUUCCAGUAUUGACGUAUUAGGAAUUGUUGCCAAUUUAAAGGAGACCGGAUAUGGAGUGAAGACACAGUCUAUUAAUGUACUCAGUGGAGUAUGGGUAGCCUAUGAAAAUCCUGACUUCACAGGAGAACAGUAUAUACUGGAUAAAGGCUUUUAUACCAGUUUUGAGGACUGGGGAGGAAAAAAUUGUAAGAUCUCUUCUGUUCAACCCAUAUGUUUGGAUUCUUUCACUGGCCCAAGGAGAAGAAAUCAGAUUCACUUGUUUUCGGAACCACAGUUUCAAGGUUCCAGUCACAGUUUUGAAGAAACAACAAGUCAAAUUGAUGAUUCAUUUUCCACCAAGUCUUGCAGGGUCUUAGGAGGCAGCUGGGUUGUAUAUGAUGGAGAAAAUUUCUCUGGUAACCAAUAUGUGUUGGAAGAAGGCCACUAUCCUUGUCUCUCUGCAAUGGGAUGCCUGCCUGGAGCAACCGUGAAAUCUCUUCGUUUUAUAGAUGUGGAAUUUUCUGAACCAACAAUUAUUCUUUUUGAAAGAGAAGACUUCAAAGGAAAAAAGAUUGAACUUAAUGCAGAAACAGUUAACCUCCGAUCCCUAGGAUUCAACACACAGAUACGCUCUGUUCAGGUGAUUGGUGGCAUAUGGGUUACUUAUGAAUAUGGCAAUUACAGGGGUCGACAGUUCCUACUGUCACCAGCAGAAAUACCUAAUUGGUAUGAAUUCAGUGGCUGUCACCAAAUAGGUUCUCUACGACCUUUUGUUCAGAAACGAAUUUAUUUCAGACUUCGAAACAAAGCAACAGGGUUAUUCAUGUCAACCAAUGGAAACCUAGAGGAUCUGAAGCUUCUGCGAAUACAGGUCAUGGAGGACGUUGGUGCGGAUGAUCAGAUUUGGAUUUAUCAAGAAGGAUGCAUCAAAUGCAGGAUAGCAGAAGAUUGCUGCCUGACGAUUGUGGGGAGCCUCGUAACCUCUGGAUCUAAGCUGGGCCUGGCCCUCGACCAGAAUGUCGACAGUCAGUUCUGGAGCAUGAAGUCAGAUGGCAGGAUCUAUAGCAAGUUGAAGCCAAAUUUAGUUUUAGAUAUCAAAGGGGGUGUACAGUAUGAUCAAAAUCACAUUAUCCUCAACACUGCCGGCAAAGAAAAGUUAACACAAGUAUGGGAAGCCAUGGUCCUAUAAACCUGAAUAACGAAUGUAGGAGGAAUAUUUCUGGAGGUCUUCCAGCUACGUUAAAAAAAAAAAAGACUGCUGACAGAAGAGCUGAGAGGAAAGUAGAUAUACUCCUGCAGGAACUCUAAAUUCACUCCUGAAUCUUACUGCCAGGACCAGGACAACUGCCUCAUCUUUUCAAAAGACUGUAAUAGUUUUAGCCAUUAGUUUGUCCUUCUUUCAUUUCCUGUCUUCAUUUCCUUUCAGCAGCUGCUGAAACAGGUUGCCUCAUUAGCAGCUUUUGGGUGGUUUUUUUUGUUGUUGUUGUUUUUUUAAUAUUUUAUCAAGAUGUUAAGACUACAUACAUUUUAAAUUCCUUCCAAAGAUAGUGACAGGAUAGAACAGGUACAAGUUUACUGACUUUGUACCUACAAACCUACAAAUCCCUUACAUUUUAAAGGGAAGGAUAAAAGCUUAGGAUUGUAAGGUAGAAACUGUUUAGCAUCUGAGAAGAAUAACGUAUCAGGCCUGUGGUUCUGGCCUUUGACCUUCUGUUUUCUGAAAUCAUUACUUAUGCUGUAUAGCAAAGUGGGGAAAGCCUUAUAUAUUCAGACAUAUUUUAAGGAACUGAAUAAGUAUAAACAAAAUACUAUUUUCAGUUAAUAUUAAAAAUUAGUCAAUUUACUGUAGGCAAGAUUUCAUGUCCACGUCUGCUUACAUUUAUUAGCAGGAUUUGGAUAAUUUUAACUCACCCAUGGGCUGCCCUAGAAUGUCACAAAUGAGUAUUAUUUAAUGAUUUUCUUACAGAUGCUACUGGAACGGUAUUACCAUGACCUAAUUUAUUAGCCCAUCCUCACUCAACUACAACUAGUUGUAAAGCAACACUAUACAGUGCUCUGCUGAACUCAGAUCUUUAGCCUAAUUUCCUGCCCUCCUAUCCUGCUGCCUUGGCAUGAGGCCUGCAUGGGGCUACCUUACCUGUAUUGUUUCACAGCCAUGUCCCUGGGACAGCCUCGGGUCAUUGCAGCCCCUGUGGUCACUCCUGGUAGCAGAAACUAGAGGUGUGGAAAGCUCAAGAGGGAUGACCAGCAAUUCUCCCCCAAAAGCAAAGGAAAGGAGGCUUUAAGCGAUACUUGGUCAAAUCUUAGAACUCUGAAAACCCUACAAUGCAGCAAGCAUUUCGAUGAAAGUUGAAAAUGUUUAACUGCUGACAAUAUACUGCCCAGAUGGUGCUGUUCAAACAGCGCAUACUUGUUUUGAACAAAACUGCUAAUCACUCUUCCUUGAAAACACUCUUCUUGUCCUAAUUUCAUUGUCCUCGUCACUGAAUGCAGGUGCUCUUGUCACAGGAAGAACAAAUUGUGUUUCCUUUUCAUCUGUUCCAGUGUUUCCGAUUCUAACAUGUUGAUCCUUGCUGGAGUCUGUGGUUAGCAUGGUCAUCAGAGUACUAUCUUAGGUUUUAAAGUAAUGUUUAUACAUGUCCAACAGUAGCCAACAUGUCUGUUUUGUUCUCAGAUGUAUAACUCUGAUUUUAGGCCUUUGUACAUCUCAUUACAGAAUGGUGGGGGAAGACAUUAUACAGUAGCCUGUGUUGAAUUUAUCUCUUGAAUAAACUUGUUUCUGAUUAAUUGUA